AUGGUAAAAAUACCAAGUGAUAUGACAGUGGCCAACGCUAAGGCAGGAGUUUGGGAAACUGUUAGGUCAAAACUAAAGAACCCCAGAGCGAAGACCAUUGUAAGCGGCCAGGCACUUAUAAUCAUCCCGGACGAUGCUAACACGUUGGAGGUGAUGAAGGGCCUCGAAAAUGUAGUAGAGAUAAGCCCAAGGAAGCCGCGGGUCAUCAUAUAUGACGUUGAGAGCGGGAUAACAAAGGAAGAGCUAGCCGAGUGCCUCCUGGGUCAGAACCCAGAACUCGGGCUAACCGCAGAAGAUGUGGGGUGUAUGACUCCCUUACACAAGCUGGGCCCACGAGACGGCCAUGUUGUCCAUUGGGUCAUUGAAGCGCCUCCAAACGUUGUAAUAAAAUUGGAAAAUAAGUCCGUAUAUAUCGGUAUGACCAGCUGCCGUUGCAAAGUGCACAGCUCCACUCCACAGUGUUACAACUGUCAUCAGUAUGGCCAUACGUCGCUGAGGUGCGAACAAAAGGCUCCAACGUGCAGGUGCCCAUGA